GCGUUCUCGAGCUGUAUGGUAGUACGGAGUAGGAAAGAAAUCCGCGUUCACGUUCGACACACAAACACACACACACACACUCAACCUAGAAGCAAGGGGGCGCUUUAUCGACUCUCUUUUUACUGUCAGUUCAAGUGCGACGUCCAGAGGAGGCUCGUUCACGGAAAUACGCGGCGCUUGUCGUUGAAGCUGAAAUCGGUAGCAGGUCCCCCCUCCUUAACCCUCCCCUACCACGACCGAGCACCGGAACCGAGCGGAUUUUUGAAGCGAAACGAUGGCGGAGUCGGACAACAGCGUAGAAGUAGUGGCGGCGGCAGUGGGAGCAGCGGGCUCGAACGUCAACACCGCCGAUGCUGGAGGAACAGCCGCGCCCGGAGUAGUCACUGGAGCCGCGGGAUCCAAACCCGGCCUGGAGAUGGUGAAGGGGCAGAAUUUCGACGUGGGCCCGCGAUACACCGACCUCCAGUACAUCGGGGAGGGGGCCUACGGGAUGGUCUGCUCUGCUUUGGACCAUGUGAACAAGGUCCGAGUGGCCAUUAAGAAGAUCAGCCCGUUUGAGCACCAGACGUACUGCCAGCGCACGCUGCGAGAAAUCAAGAUCCUGCUGCGCUUCCGUCAUGAGAACAUCAUCGGCAUCAACGACAUCCUGAGAGCGCGCCGCAUCGACUACAUGCGCGACGUCUACAUUGUCCAAGACCUGAUGGAGACAGACCUGUACAAGUUGCUAAAGACCCAGCAGCUCAGCAAUGAUCACAUCUGCUACUUUCUGUACCAGAUCCUGCGUGGGCUGAAGUACAUUCACUCUGCCAACGUCCUCCACAGAGAUCUGAAGCCCUCUAACCUGCUCAUCAACACCACCUGUGACCUCAAGAUCUGUGACUUUGGGUUGGCACGGAUAGCUGACCCAGAGCAUGACCACACUGGGUUCCUCACAGAGUACGUGGCUACUCGCUGGUACCGUGCUCCUGAGAUCAUGCUUAACUCCAAGGGCUACACAAAGUCCAUUGAUAUCUGGUCAGUGGGUUGCAUCCUGGCUGAGAUGUUGUCCAAUCGUCCCAUUUUCCCAGGAAAGCACUAUCUGGACCAGCUCAAUCAUAUACUUAGUGUUCUUGGCUCUCCUACUAUGGAAGAUCUACACUGUAUAAUCAACAUGAAAGCCAGAAACUACUUGCAGUCCCUCCCAUCGAAGCCCAAAGUUCCAUGGACCAAACUCUACCCCAAGGCGGAUAGCAAAGCUCUGGAUUUGUUGGACCGCAUGUUGACCUUCAACCCCAUCAAGCGUAUAAAUGUGGAGGAAGCACUGGCACACCCUUACCUGGAGCAGUACUAUGACCCCAGUGAUGAGCCGGUGGCUGAGGAGCCCUUUACUUUUAACAUGGAGCUAGAUGACCUUCCUAAAGAGAGGCUGAAGGAACUCAUCUAUGAGGAGACAGCACGAUUCCAGGCCAACUAUCAAGGCUCCUGAGGGAAACAAGCACCCACGGCGAGUGACCAAGCCAUGCUAAGGCUAAGAACAAGAUAACUCCAAACAAGCUACAAAAGAUGUACACACGUGGUAUCCGGAAAAAAAAAAUUUAAAGAAAAAAAAUGUAAAUGGAAAACUUGAGUGUUUCUUUUCUUUCUUGCCUGGAGGCUCUGUUUGGGUUUUAAACCCGCUAUGUUAACGCCAUCGAGUGGAGGCAGCUGUCUCCACCGUGUCACUCCAUGCUGUACACGAGCCUCCACUCUUUCACCACCUAAUGCUUAUCUUUCUAAAACUUUAUCUUCUUCUCCUUGUCCUUUCGCGCACUCUCCCUCGCUCUCAUCUCACCACAAUCGGCCCGUUGUUGGUCUAUUUACACCAUUAAAACGGAGGGAAAAAAUAGCGAGGGAUGGACCGAGCGAGCAUAUCAUUACUAUAGGCUCUGUCUGGGUGUGUACAUAUAUAUGUAUAAGUAAUUUGGAGGGGUUUUUUUUUGCAUUCUCUCUGAGUAUUGUAUGUUCGAGAUCCGUUUGUACACUGUAAUUUGAAUGUUAUGAUCCUUUGCGCAAUGUGUUUUGUAUUUGGAGAGUUUAUAUUUGAGUUAUAUGUUAGAUUUUUUUUUUUUUUUUUUUUAAACAAAAUACAUGUAUACAUAUUAGAAUCCUGGUUUUCCCUUCAAGCAUUUCUGCUCCACAUGGUGAAAAACCAAUGCUGGUGAUUGAGAAAAAUAUACAGGAUGAAAAUGUAUAGAACUCAGUCUUGCUUUAUUUUACCAUAUCUGAUUCCGUUGAUUUUUAACUUUUUUUUUGGAAACUCUCUCGCCAGUACUCUUGGAAAAUAAAGCCAUCAGUAUCAUCAAACCUCGAAUAUCAUCCCCACAUUCUUUUCUUUUUCAUUUUUCCCCCUGUGUAUCUACGUUCAUUUUUGCUGCUGCAAUUACACUCUACACAUUCAAUGUUCAUUUCUUUGACGUUUUGAUAAAGUGUGCAUUUUCUCCCA